CUUGUCUAACACCAAAUGUGGCUCUUAAUUUUUCAAAGAACCAUUCCCAUGAGAUAUUAUUUUUCGAAUCUGCCACACAAAAAGCUAAUGGGAAUGUUUUACUUGCUGCAUCUUGUGCACUAGCUGUUAGUAGUGUCCCCUCAUAUGAAGCUUUGAGAAAAGUUUCGUCUACUACUAUUAUAGGUUUGUAUUUUUUCCAUGCUUUCACUGAAGCGUUUUGUGCCAUGAAGCAAAACAAGAAAUUGUUGUUUUCUUCAGUUUCAAUGUGUACUACAGAUCAUGGGUUUGUUUUUUGAAGCAUAUAGAAAUAACUAGGCAACAACUGAUAAGACUCCUUUGCUUUUUCUCUAACUAUGUUUAGAGCAUGUUCCCUACUCCUCCAUGCCUUCAUGUAAUUCAUUUAUAACCCAUAUUUUCAUUCAUCUCAAAUCUAAUAUCUGCUGGUGUAGUUGUUAUUUUUAUGUUCAAAAACUUGUAUUUAACACAGUCCCUUAUUAUCUUUGUUGAAGCUUGCAUUUGAUCUCCAAAUUUGAUGCUUAGUGCAAGUGUAUUUUUCAUUGUAUUUCCUUACUAUGAAAUUCUCUGUUGCCCCAUUCCUUGAAGCUCUUAGUGACCAUUUGCAAUCUUUAUCCACAACUUAAUUUAAAAUUCCUUUGUGCAAGAUUUUUUCACCUUGUAUUAAAAUUAUUGUUUUAUUGCAAAGUAGCUAAGGACGUUCUUCAAAGUUUCCUUAUCUUUGUACAUUUGCCCUUUCUCAAUUUCUGGAUGUUGUUUAUCUGUGAUGACAAAUGCUUCUUCAUCGUGGCUUUCUUGUUGAUCAUUUGUCUAUCUUGUUAGUUGAGCUACCAUUUCUGCAGUAAUAUUUUUGCAUAGUCAACAAAGUCAAAUCCAUCAUUAUCUUCUAUUUUGUUUUCUUUUUGUUGAUGCAUGUGUUGGUGUUUCCCCUGACUGAAUUCCAUAUUCAAGCAUGUGGACUUCAUGUCGUGUGUUAACCUCAGUUAAAAAAGGCUUUCAUCAUUCGUGAUCUUUAACGCUGGAUAUCCAAACUGUAUCUGAAACGGCAUUUGUAGGCCCAUGAAGGCGAGGCCCAAUUACAGUGUUGAGGGGAGGAAUGAUUGAUGGGAGACAAGACCUCUCUUCUAAACUCAGCCGAAAGAAAAACCUAUUCUUCUGUCUUCUCUCUCCUUCCUUCGCUCUCCAUCUUCAACUGGUUGAGAUUCGUUGUGGACUUUUUCCGAGCCAGGUAACUCGGCAGCCUCAUCCGUGCUGUGUUGUGUUCCUCGUCUUAUCUAUCCACAAUGGCGGAUGAUGAACCUGUUGAUCCAAAGAAGUAUCUUGAGGAGUCAUGCAAGCCAAAGUGUGUGAAGCCAUUACUUGAAUACCAGGCAUGUGUUAAAAGGAUCCAAGGCGAUGAUUCUGGCCACAAGCACUGUACCGGGCAAUAUUUUGAUUACUGGUCUUGUGUUGACAAAUGUGUGGCACUGAAACUAUUUCCGAAACUGAAGUAAUGGGGGAGUUUAUAUUCUGUGAUGAACAUUUGCCAUUUUUCUUUCUCUUUUCAAUUUCAAGAAACUGUUUUCUUGAGCAGUUGAUUUUGUUCCCUGGCUUAGAGACAUGCCUGAAUGGUUUUCUUCCAGAGGACUGCAUUUUUUCUCAACAAAGUAGAGAUUUGAAAAAUAAUUAAUAAAAGGAAUCCUCAAUGUUAGUCUGACCAAUACAACAAGGCAAAUUUAUACUUUUGUUUUAUA